UUACUUGUUUUGAAACUUACGAAGAGGAUCCCUCUAUACAAGGAAAAAGGCACACUAAUUGAUAUUUCUCCCAUGGGCAAUUUUAAUUUGGGCAAGAUUAGUUUGAAAAGAAUUUCCCUUGUGGAGUCAAGCCGAUGUGGAAUAAAACUAAACGCCUUCAAUUGAUGCGACAAGUGAAUCUUCUAUAAUUAUGUGUUCCUUAAUUUUGUAGACAUGGAUAUUUUAUUGUCGUCAAUCCUUACCAUGUUUUUUUUUUUUUUUCAGACACUGAUGACUGUUAUCCAAACCCGUGUCUAAACAACGGAACAUGUACAGACGGAGUGAAUGACUACAACUGCACUUGCUUGCCUGGCUUUGUAGGAAAGAAUUGCUCGAAUAGUAAGUCUUUAAAAAUCAAGUCUUUAAAAGGAUAGCUAAGGAUUAAGAUUUUCAGAUUAACACUGCACAGUGACUGGUAAUCGUAUUGCAAGUACAUCGGCGGACGACCUCGCUCGCUCCUUUUGAAAAAGUCUUGUUGCAUCAGUUACAGCUCCAAGUUUUCUCACCUCUUUGAAAACGUAAUAAGAGCAUCCCUCUAUACAAGAAAAAAGGCACAUUAAUUGAUAUUUCUCCCAUGCCGGCAUUUUUAAUUUCGGCAUGAUUAGUUUCCAAAGAAUUUCCCUUGUGGAUUCAAGCCGAUGUGGAAUAAAAUAAAAAAACUAAAUGCCUUCAAUUGAUGCGACAUGUGAAAACUUCUACAAUUAUGUGUUCCUUAAUUUUGUAGCCAUGGAUAUUUUAUUGUCGUCAAUCCUUACCAUGUCCUUUUUUUUUUUCUUUAGACACUGAUGACUGUUAUCCAAACCCGUGUCUAAACAACGGAACAUGUACAGACGGAGUGAAUGACUACAACUGCACUUGCGUGCCUGGCUUUGUAGGAAAGAAUUGCUCAAAUAGUAAGGCUUUUAAAAUCAAGUCUUCCAGAGGUUGAGAUUUUCUGAUUAACACUGAACAGCGAAUGGUAAUCGUAUUCCAAGUACAUCGGUGGACGACCUCGCUCGCUCCUUUUGAAAACGGCGUUUUGCAUAAGUUACAGAUCCAAGUUUCCUUACCUCUCUUAAAACUUAAUAAGAGCAUCCUUCUAUAAAACAAAAAAGGCCAAUUAAUUCAUAUUUAUGCCAUGGCCAUUUGUAAUUUGGGAAAGAUUAGUUUCAAAAGAAUUUCCCUUGUGUAGUGCCCUUGUGGAAUAAAACUGAAUGUCUUCAAUUGAUGCGACAAGUAAAUCUUGUAUAAUUAAGAAUUUCUUAAUUUUGUAGUCAUGGAUAGAUUAUUGUCGUUAAUCCUUACCAUGUCCUUUUUUUUUUCUUCAGACACUGAUGACUGUUAUCCAAACCCGUGUCUAAACAACGGAACAUGUACAGACGGAGUGAAUGACUACAACUGCACUUGCGUGCCUGGCUUUGUAGGAAAGAAUUGCUCAAAUAGUAAGUCUUUAAAAAUUAGAUUAAGUCUUUAAAAGGAUUGAGAUUUUCAGAUUAAUACUGAACAGUGAAUGUUAAUGGUAUUACAAGUACAUCGGCGCACGACCUCGCUAGUUCCUUUUGAAAAAGUCGUUUUACUUAAGAUACAGAUCCAAGUUUCCUUACCCUUUUUAAAACUUAAUAAGAGCAUCCCUCUAUACAAGGAAAAAGGCAAAUUAAUUCAUAAUAUGCCAUGGCCAUUCUUAAUUUGGGCAAGAUUAGUCUCUAAAGAAUUUCCCGUGUGGAGUGCUUUUGUGGAAUAAAACUGAAUGCCUUCAAUUGAUGCGAACAAGUAAAUCUUGUAUAAUUAUGUGUUCCUUGUAGAUAUCGAUAUUUUAUUGUCGUCAAUCCUUACCAUAACCUUUUUUUUUGUUCAGACACUGACGAUUGUUACCCAAACCCGUGUCUCAACAACGGAACAUGUACAGACGGAGUGAAUGACUACAACUGCACUUGCGUGCCCGGCUUUGCAGGAAAGAAUUGCUCAAAUAGUAAGUCUUUAAAAAUCAAGUCUUUACCAGGAUUGAGAUUUUCGCAUUAACAUGGAACAGUGAAUGGUAAUCGUAUUCCAAGUACAUCGGCGGACGACCUCGCUCGCUCCUUUUGAAAACGGCGUUUUGCAUAAGUUACAGAUCCAAGUUUCCUUACCUCUCUUAAAACUUAAUAAGAGCAUCCUUCUAUAAAACAAAAAAGGCCAAUUAAUUCAUAUUUAUGCCAUGGCCAUUUGUAAUUUGGGAAAGAUUAGUUUCAAAAGAAUUUCCCUUGUGUAGUGCCCUUGUGGAAUGAAACUGAAUGUCUUCAAUUGAUGCGACAAGUAAAUCUUGUAUAAUUAUGUGUUUCUUAAUUUUGUAGUCAUGGAUAGAUUAUUGUCGUUCAUCCUUACCAUGUCCUUUUUUUUUUCUUCAGACACUGAUGACUGUUAUCCAAACCCGUGUCUAAACAACGGAACAUGUACAGACGGCGUGAAUGACUACAACUGCACUUGCGUGCCUGGCUUUGUAGGAAAGAAUUGCUCAAAUAGUAAGUCUUUAAAAAUCAAGUCUUUGAAAGGAUUGAGAUUUUCGGAUUAACACUGCACAGUGACUGGUAAUCUUAUUCCAAGUACAUCGGCGGACGACCUCGCUCGCUCCUUUUGAAAAAGUCGUUUUGCAUAAGUUACCGAUCAAAGUUUCCUUACCUCUUUUAAAACUUAAGAAGAGCAUCCCACUAUAUAAGGAAAAAGACACAUUAACUGAUAUUUCUGCCAUGGGCAGUUUUAAUUUGGCUAAGAUUAGUUUCCAAAGAAUUUCCCUUGUCGAUUCAAGCCGAUGUGGAAUAAAAUAAAAAAAACAAAAUGCCUUCAAUUGAUGCGACAAGUGAAUCUUCUACAAUUAUGUGUUCCUUAAUUUUGUAGACAUGGAUAUUUUAUUGUCAUCAAUCCUUACCUUGUCCUUUUUUUUUUCUUUAGACACUGAUGACUGUUAUCCAAACCCGUGUCUAAACAACGGAACAUGUACAGACGGAGUGAAUGACUACAACUGCACUUGCGUGCCUGGCUUUGUAGGAAAGAAUUGCUCAAAUAGUAAGUCUUUUAAGAUGAAAUCAAGUCUUAAAAAAGAUUGAGAUUUUCGGAUUAACACCGAACAGCAAAUGGUAAUCGUAUUCCAAGUACAUCGGCCCACGACUUCGCUUGCUCGUUUUGAAAAAGGCGUUUUGCAUAAGUUACAGAUCCAAGUUCCCUUACUUGUUUUGAAACUUACGAAGAGGAUCCCUCUAUACAAGGAAAAAGGCACACUAAUUGAUAUUUCUCCCAUGGGCAAUUUUAAUUUGGGCAAGAUUAGUUUGAAAAGAAUUUCCCUUGUGGAGUCAAGCCGAUGUGGAAUAAAACUAAACGCCUUCAAUUGAUGCGACAAGUGAAUCUUCUAUAAUUAUGUGUUCCUUAAUUUUGUAGACAUGGAUAUUUUAUUGUCGUCAAUCCUUACCAUGUUUUUUUUUUCUUCAGACACUGAUGACUGUUAUCCAAACCCGUGUCUAAACAACGGAACAUGUACAGACGGAGUGAAUGACUACAACUGCACUUGCUUGCCUGGCUUUGUAGGAAAGAAUUGCUCGAAUAGUAAGUCUUUAAAAAUCAAGUCUUUAAAAGGAUAGCUAAGGAUUGAGAUUUUCAGAUUAACACUGCGCAGUGACUGGUAAUCGUAUUGCAAGUACAUCGGCGGACGACCUCGCUCGCUCCUUUUGAAAAAGUCCUGUUGCAUCAGUUACAGCUCCAAGUUUUCUCACCUCUUUGAAAACGUAAUAAGAGCAUCCCUCUAUACAAGAAAAAAGGCACAUUAAUUGAUAUUUCUCCCAUGCCGGCAUUUUUAAUUUCGGCAAGAUUAGUUUCCAAAGAAUUUCCCUUGUGGAUUCAAGCCGAUGUGGAAUAAAAUAAAAAAACUAAAUGCCUUUAAUUGAUGUGACAUGUGAAAACUUCUACAAUUAUGUGUUCCUUAAUUUUGUAGCCAUGGAUAUUUUAUUGUCGUCAAUCCUUACCAUGUCCUUUUUUUUUUUCUUUAGACACUGAUGACUGUUAUCCAAACCCGUGUCUAAACAACGGAACAUGUACAGACGGAGUGAAUGACUACAACUGCACUUGCGUGCCUGGCUUUGUAGGAAAGAAUUGCUCAAAUAGUAAGUCUUUAAAAAUCAAGUCUUUGAAAGGAUUGAGAUUUUCGGAUUAACACUAAACUGUGAAUGCUAAUCGUAUUCCAAGGACAUCGGCGGACGACUUCGCUCGCCCCUUUUUGAAAGGUCGUUUUGUAUAAGUUACAACUCCAAGUUUCGUUACGUCUUUUAAAACUUAAUAAGAGCAUCCUUCUAUACAAUGAAAAAGGCCAAUUAAUUCAUAUUUAUGCCAUGGCCAUUUUUAAUUUUGGAAAGAUUAGUUUCAAAAGAAUUUCCCUUGUGUAGUGCUCUUGUGGAAUAAAACUGAAUGUCUUCAAUUGAUGCGACAAGGAAAUCUUGUAUAAGUAUGUGUUCGGUAAUUUGUAGAUAUAGAUGUCUUAUUGUCGUUAAUCCUUACCACGUCCUUUGUGUUUUUCUUUAGACACUGAUGACUGUUAUCCAAACCCGUGUCUAAACAAUGGAACAUGUACAGAUGGAGUGAAUGACUACAACUGCACUUGCGUGCCUGGCUUUGUAGGAAAGAAUUGCUCAAAUAGUAAGGCUUUUAAAAUCAAGUCUUGAAGGGAUUGAGAUUUUCGGAUUAAUACUGAACAGCGAAUGGUAAUCGUAUUCCAAGUACAUCGGUGGACGACCUCGCUCGCUCCUUUCGAAAAAGUCGUUUUGCAUAAGUUACUGAUCCAAGUUUCCUUACCUCUCUUAAAACUUAAUAAGAGCAUCCUUCUAUACAAUGAAAAAGGCAAAUUAAUUCAUAUUUAUGCCAUGGCCAUUUGUAAUUUGGGCAAGAUAGUUUCUAAAGAAUUUCCCGUGCAUGAAGUGCCCAUGUAUGUGGAAUAAAACUGAAUGCCGUUAAUUGAUGCAACAAGUGAAUCUUCUACAAUUAUGUGUUGCUUGUAGAUAUUGGUAUUUUAAUGUCGUCAAUCCUUACCAUGUCCUUUUUUCUCUUUAGACACUGAUGACUGUUAUCCAAACCCGUGUCUAAACAACGGAACAUGUACAGACGGAGUGAAUGACUACAACUGCACUUGCGUGCCUGGCUUUGUAGGAAAGAAUUGCUCAUAUAGUAAGUCUUUUAAAAUCAAGUCUUAAAAAAGAUUGAGAUUUUCGAAUUAACAGUGAACAGCGAAUGGUAAUCGUAUUCGAAGUACAUCGGCCGACGACUUCGCUUCCUCGUUUUGAAAACGGCGUUUUGCAUAAGUUACAGAUCCAAGUUUCCUUAAUUCUUUUGAAACUUAAUAAGAGGAUCCCUCUAUACAAAGAAAAAGGCUCAUUAAUUGAUAUUUCUGCCAUGUUCAAUUUUAAUCUGGGCAAGAUUAGUUUCAAAACAAUUUUUCUUGUGGAGUCAAGCCCAUGUGGAAUAAAACUAAAUGCCUUCAAUUGAUGCAACAGGUGAAUCUUCAAUAAUUAUGUGUUCCUUGUAGAUAUAGAAAUAGUCUAUUGUCAUCAAUCCUUACCAUGCCCUUUUUUUCUUUAGACACUGAUGAAUGUUAUCCAAACCCGUGUCUAAACAACGGAACAUGUACAGACGGAGUGAAUGACUACAACUGCACUUGCGUGCCUGGCUUUGUAGGAAAGAAUUGCUCAAAUAGUAAGUCUUUAAAAAUUAAAUAAAGUCUUUAAAAGGAUUGAGAUUUUCAGAUUAAUACUGAACAGUGAAUGUUAAUGGUAUUACAAAUACAUCGGCGCACGACCUCGCUAGUUCCUUUUGAAAAAGUCGUUUUACUUAACAUACAGAUCCAAGUUUCCUUACCCUUUUUAAAACUUAUAAAAAGAGCAUCCCUCUAUACAAGGAAAAAGGCAAAAUAAUUCAUGAUAUGCCAUGGCCAUUCUUAAUUUGGGCAAGAUUAGUCUCUAAAGAAUUUCCCGUGUGGAGUGCUUUUGUGGAAUAAAACAGAAUGCCUUCAGUUGAUGCGAACAAGUGAAUCUUGUAUAAUGAUGUGUUCCUUGUAGAUAUCGAUAUUUUAUUGUCGUCAAUCCUUACCAUAACCUUUUUUUUCUUCAGACACUGAUGAUUGUUAUCCAAACCCGUGUCUAAACAACGGAACAUGUACAGACGGAGUGAAUGAUUACAACUGCACUUGCGUGCCUAGCUUUGUAGGAAAGAAUUGCUCAAAUAGUAAGUCUUUAAAAAUCAAGUCUUUACCAGGAUUGAGAUUUUCGCAUUAACAUGGAACAGUGAAUGGUAAUCGUAUUCCAAGUACAUCGGCGGACGACCUCGCUCGCUCCUUUUGAAAACGGCGUUUUGCAUACGUUACAGAUCCAAGUUUCCUUACCUCUCUUAAAACUUAAUAAGAGCAUCCUUCUAUACAAUGAAAAAGGCUAAUUAAUUCAUAUUUUUGCCAUGGCCAUUUGUAAUUUGGAAAAGAUUAGUUUCAAAAGAAUUUCCCUUGUGUAGUGCCCUUGUGGAAUAAAACUGAAUGUCUUCAAUUGAUGCGACAAGUAAAUUUUGUAUAAUUAUGUGUUUCUUAAUUUUGUAGUCAUGGAUAGAUUAUUGUCGUUCAUCCUUACCAUGUCCUUUUUUUUUUCUUCAGACACUGAUGACUGUUAUCCAAACCCGUGUCUAAACAACGGAACAUGUACAGACGGCGUGAAUGAUUACAACUGCACUUGCGUGCCUGGCUUUGUAGGAAAGAAUUGCUCAAAUAGUAAGUCUUUAAAAAUCAAGUCUUUGAAAGGAUUGAGAUUUUCGAAUUAACACUAAACUGUGAAUGCUAAUCGUAUUCCAAGGACAUCGCCGGACGACUUCGCUCGCCCCUUUUAAAAAGGUCGUUUUGCAUAAGUUACAACUCCAAGUUUCCUUACCUCUUUUAAAACUUAAUAAGAGCAUCCUUCUAUACAAUGAAAAAGGCCAAUUAAUUCAUAUUUAUGCCAUGGCCAUUUUUAAUUUGGGAAAGAUUAGUUUCAAAAGAAUUUCCAUUGUGUAGUGCUCUUGUGGAAUAAAACUGAAUGUCUUCAAUUGAUGCGACAAGUAAAUCUUGUAUAAGUAUGUGUUCGGUAAUUUGUAGAUAUAGAUGUCUUAUUGUCGUUAAUCCUUACCACGUCCUUUGUGUUUUUCUUUAGACACUGAUGACUGUUAUCCAAACCCGUGUCUAAACAAUGGAACAUGUACAGACGGAGUGAAUGACUACAACUGCACUUGCGUGCCUGGCUUUGUAGGAAAGAAUUGCUCAAAUAGUAAGGCUUUUAAAAUCAAGUCUUGAAGGGAUUGAGAUUUUCGGAUUAACACUGAACAGCGAAUGGUAAUCGUAUUCCAAGUACAUCGGUGGACGACCUCGCUCGCUCCUUUCGAAAAAGUCGUUUUGCAUAAGUUACUGAUCCAAGUUUCCUUACCUCUCUUAAAACUUAAUAAGAGCAUCCUUCUAUACAAUAAAAAAGGCAAAUUAAUUCAUCUUUAUGCCAUGCCUAUUUGUAAUUUGGGCAAGAUAGUUUCUAAAGAAUUUCCCGUGCAUGAAGUGCCCAUGUGGAAUAAAACUGAAUGCCGUUAAUUGAUGCAACAAGUGAAUCUUCUACAAUUAUGUGUUCCUUGUAGAUAUGGGUAUUUUAAUGUCGUCAAUCCUUACCAUGUCCUUUUUUCCCUUUAGACACUGAUGACUGUUAUCCAAACCCGUGUCUAAACAACGGAACAUGUACAGACGGAGUGAAUGACUACAACUGCACUUGCAUGCCUGGCUUUGUAGGAAAGAAUUGCUCAUAUAGUAAGUCUUUUAAAAUCAAGUCUUAAAAAAGAUUGAGAUUUUCGAAUUAACAGUGAACAGCGAAUGGUAAUCGUAUUCGAAGUACAUCGGCCGACGACUUCGCUUGCUCGUUUUGAAAACGGCGUUUUGCAUAAGUUACAGAUCCAAGUUUCCUUAAUUCUUUUGAAACUUAAUAAGAGGAUCCCUCUAUACAAAGAAAAAGGCACAUUAAUUGAUAUUUCUGCCAUGGUCAAUUUUAAUCUGGGCAAGAUUAGUUUCAAAACAAUUUUUCUUGUGGAGUCAAGCCCAUGUGGAAUAAAACUAAAUGCCUUCAAUUGAUGCAACAGGUGAAUCUUCAAUAAUUAUGUGUUCCUUGUAGAGAUAGAAAUAGUCUAUUGUCGUCAAUCCUUACGAUGUCCUUUUUUUUCGUUAGACACUGAUGAAUGUUAUCCAAACCCGUGUCUAAACAACGGAACAUGUACAGACGGAGUGAAUGACUACAACUGCAUUUGCGUGCCUGGCUUUGUAGGAAAGAAUUGCUCAAAUAGUAAGUCUUUAAAAAUUAAAUUAAGUCUUUAAAAGGAUUGUUUCAGAUUUUCAGAUUUUCAGAAUUGCUCAAAUAGUAAGUCUUUAAAAAUUAAAUUAAGUCUUUAAAAGGAUUGAGAUUUUCAGAUUAAUACUGAACAGUGAAUGUUAAUGGUAUUACAAGUACAUCGGCGCACGACCUCGCUAGUUCCUUUUGAAAAAGUCGUUUUACUUAAGAUACAGAUCCAAGUUUCCUUACCCUCUUUAAAACUUAAUAAGAGCAUCCCUCUAUACAAGGAAAAAGGCAAAUUAAUUCAUAAUAUGCCAUGGCCAUUCUUAAUUUGGGCAAGAUUAGUCUCUAAAAGAUUUCCCGUGUGGAGUGCUUUUGUGGAAUAAAACUGAAUGCCUUCAAUUGAUGCGAACAAGUGAAUUUUGUAUAAUGAUGUGUUCCUUGUAGAUAUCGAUAUUUUAUUGUCGUCAAUCCUUACCAUAACCUUUUUUUUCUUCAGACACUGAUGAUUGUUACCCAAACCCGUGUCUAAACAACGGAACAUGUACAGACAGAGUGAAUGACUACAACUGCACUUGCGUGCCUGGCUUUGUAGGAAAGAAUUGCUCAAAUAGUAAGUCUUUAAAAAUCAAGUCUUUACCAGGAUUGAGAUUUUCGCAUUAACAUGGAACAGUGAAUGGUAAUCUUAUUCCAAGUACAUCGGCGCACGACUUCGCUCGCUCUUUUUGAAAACGGAGUUUUGCAUAAGUUUCAGAUCCAAGUUUCCUUACCUGUUUUAAAACUUGAUAGGGAAAUUCCUCUAUACAAGGAAAAACGCAACUUAAUUCAUAUUUAUGCCUAGGCCAUUUUUAAUUUGAGCAAGAUUAGUUUCUAGAGAAUUUCCCGUGUGGAGUGCCUCUGUAGAAUAAGAUUGAGUGGUUUCAAUUGAUGGGAGAAGUGAAUCUUGUAUAAUUAUGUGUUCCUUGUAGAUAUGGAUAUUUUAUUGUCGUCAAUCCUUACCAUGUCCUGUUUUCUCUUUAGACACUGAUGACUGUUAUCCAAACCCGUGUCUAAACAACGGAACAUGUACAGACGGAGUGAAUGACUACAACUGCACUUGCGUGCCUGGCUUUGUAGGAAAGAAUUGCUCACAUAGUAAGUCUUUUAAAAUCAAGUCUUAAAAAAGAUUGAGAUUUUCGAAUUAACAGUGAACAGCGAAUGGUAAUCGUAUUCGAAGUACAUCGGCCGACGACUUCGCUUGCUCGUUUUGAAAACGGCGUUUUGCAUAAGUUACAGAUCCAAGUUUCCUUAAUUCUUUUGAAACUUAAUAAGAGGAUCCCUCUAUACAAAGAAAAAGGCACAUUAAUUGAUAUUUCUGCCAUGUUCAGUUUUAAUCUGGGCAAGAUUAGUUUCAAAACAAUUUUUCUUGUGGAGUCAAGCCCAUGUGCAAUAAAACUAAAUGCCUUGAAUUGAUGCAACAGGUGAAUCUUCAAUAAUUAUGUGUUCCUUGUAGAUAUAGAAAUAGUCUAUUGUCAUCAAUCCUUACCAUGCCCUUUUUUUCUUUAGACACUGAUGAAUGUUAUCCAAACCCGUGUCUAAACAACGGAACAUGUACAGACGGAGUGAAUGACUACAACUGCACUUGCGUGCCUGGCUUUGUAGGAAAGAAUUGCUCAAAUAGUAAGUCUUUAAAAAUUAAAUUAAGUCUUUAAAAGGAUUGAGAUUUUCAGAUUAAUACUGAACAGUGAAUGUUAAUGGUAUUACAAGUACAUCGGCGCACGACCUCGCUAGUUCCUUUUGAAAAAGUCGUUUUACUUAGAUACAGAUCCAAGUUUCCUUACCCUUUUUAAAACUUAUAAAAAGAGCAUCCCUCUAUAGAAGGAAAAAGGCAAAAUCAUUCAUGAUAUGCCAUGGCCAUUCUUAAUUUGGGCAAGAAUUUCCCGUGUGGAGUGCUUUUGUGGAAUAAAACUGAAUGCCUUCAAUUGAUGCGAACAAGUGAAUCUUGUAUAAUGAUGUGUUCCUUGUAGAUAUCGAUAUUUUAUUGUCGUCAAUCCUUACCAUAACCUUUUUUUUCUUCAGACACUGAUGAUUGUUAUCCAAACCCGUGUCUAAACAACGGAACAUGUACAGACGGAGUGAAUGAUUACAACUGCACUUGCGUGCCUGGCUUUGUAGGAAAGAAUUGCUCAAAUAGUAAGUCUUUAAAAAUCAAGUCUUUACCAGGAUUGAGAUUUUCGCAUUAACAUGGAACAGUGAAUGGUAAUCGUAUUCCAAGUACAUCGGCGGACGACCUCGCUCGCUCCUUUUGAAAACGGCGUUUUGCAUAAGUUACAGAUCCAAGUUUCCUUACCUCUCUUAAAACUUAAUAAGAGCAUCCUUCUAUACAAUGAAAAAGGCUAAUUAAUUCAUAUUUUUGUCAUGGCCAUUUGUAAUUUGGGAAAGAUUAGUUUCAAAAGAAUUUCCCUUGUGUAGUGCCCUUGUGGAAUAAAACUGAAUGUCUUCAAUUGAUGCGACAAGUAAAUUUUGUAUAAUUAUGUGUUUCUUAAUUUUGUAGUCAUGGAUAGAUUAUUGUCGUUCAUCCUUACCAUGUCCUUUUUUUUUUCUUCAGACACUGAUGACUGUUAUCCAAACCCGUGUCUAAACAACGGAACAUGUACAGACGGCGUGAAUGACUACAACUGCACUUGCGUGCCUGGCUUUGUAGGAAAGAAUUGCUCAAAUAGUAAGUCUUUAAAAAUCAAGUCUUUGAAAGGAUUGAGAUUUUCGGAUUAACACUAAACUGUGAACGCUAAUCGUAUUCCAAGGACAUCGCCGGACGACUUCGCUCGCCCCUUUUAAAAAGGUCGUUUUGCAUAAGUUACAACUCCAAGUUUCCUUACCUCUUUUAAAACUUAAUAAGAGCAUCCUUCUAUACAAUGAAAAAGGCCAAUUAAUUCAUGUUUAUGCCAUGGCCAUUUUUAAUUUGGGAAAGAUUAGUUUCAAAAGAAUUUCCAUUGUGUAGUGCUCUUGUGGAAUAAAACUGAAUGUCUUCAAUUGAUGGGACAAGUAAAUCUUGUAUAAGUAUGUGUUCGGUAAUUUGUAGAUAUAGAUGUCUUAUUGUCGUUAAUCCUUACCACGUCCUUUGUGUUUUUCUUUAGACACUGAUGACUGUUAUCCAAACCCGUGUCUAAACAAUGGAACAUGUACAGACGGAGUGAAUGACUACAACUGCACUUGCGUGCCUGGCUUUGUAGGAAAGAAUUGCUCAAAUAGUAAGGCUUUUAAAAUCAAGUCUUUACCAGGAUUGAGAUUUUCGCAUUAACAUGGAACAGUGAAUGGUAAUCUUAUUCCAAGUACAUCGGCGGACGACCUGGCUCGCUCCUUUUGAAAACGGCGUUUUGCAUAAGUUACUGAUCCAAGUUUCCUUACCUCUCUUAAAAGUUAAUAAGAGCAUCCUUCUAUACAAUAAAAAAGGCAAAUUAAUUCAUAUUUAUGCCAUGCCUAUUUGUAAUUUGGGCAAGAUAGUUUCUAAAGAAUUUCCCGUCCAUGAAGUGCCCAUGUGGAAUAAAACUGAAUGCCGUUAAUUGAUGCAACAAGUGAAUCUUCUACAAUUAUGUGUUCCUUGUAGAUAUGUGUAUUUUAAUGUCGUCAAUCCUUACCAUGUCCUUUUUUCUCUUUAGACACUGAUGACUGUUAUCCAAACCCGUGUCUAAACAACGGAACAUGUACAGACGGAGUGAAUGACUACAACUGCACUUGCAUGCCUGGCUUUGUAGGAAAGAAUUGCUCAUAUAGUAAGUCUUUUAAAAUCAAGUCUUAAAAAAGAUUGAGAUUUUCGAAUUAACAGUGAACAGCGAAUGGUAAUCGUAUUCGAAGUACAUCGGCCGACGACUUCGCUUCCUCGUUUUGAGAACGGCGUUUUGCAUAAGUUACAGAUCCAAGUUUCCUUAAUUCUUUUGAAACUUAAUAAGAGGAUCUUUCUAUACAAAGAAAAAGGCACAUUAAUUGAUAUUUCUGCCAUGGUCAAUUUUAAUCUGGGCAAGAUUAGUUUCAAAACAAUUUUUCUUGUGGAGUCAAGCCCAUGUGGAAUAAAACUAAAUGCCUUCAAUUGAUGCAACAGGUGAAUCUUCAAUAAUUAUGUGUUCCUUGUAGAUAUAGAAAUAGUCUAUUUUCGUCAAUCCUUACCAUGUCCUUUUUUUUCGUUAGACACUGAUGAAUGUUAUCCAAACCCGUGUCUAAACAACGGAACAUGUAUAGACGGAGUGAAUGACUACAACUGCAUUUGCGUGCCUGGCUUUGUAGGGAAGAAUUGCUCAAAUAGUAAGUCUUUAAAAAUUAAAUUAAGUCUUUAAAAGGAUUGAGAUUUUCAGAUUUUCAGAAUUGCUCAAAUAGUAAGUCUUUAAAAAUUAAAUUAAGUCUUUAAAAGGAUUGAGAUUUUCAGAUUAAUACUGAACAGUGAAUGUUAAUGGUAUUACAAGUACAUCGGCGCACGACCUCGCUAGUUCCUUUUGAAAAAGUCGUUUUACUUAAGAUACAGAUCCAAGUUUCCUUACCCUCUUUAAAACUUAAUAAGAGCAUCCCUCUAUACAAGGAAAAAGGCAAAUUAAUUCAUAAUAUGCCAUGGCCAUUCUUAAUUUGGGCAAGAUUAGUCUCUAAAAGAUUUCCCGUGUGGAGUGCUUUUGUGGAAUAAAACUGAAUGCCUUCAAUUGAUGCGAACAAGUGAAUUUUGUAUAAUUAUGUGUUCCUUGUAGAUAUCGAUAUUUUAUUGUCGUCAAUCCUUACCAUGUUUUUUUUUUCUUCAGACACUGAUGACUGUUAUCCAAACCCGUGUCUAAACAAUGGAUCAUGUACAGACGGAGUGAAUGACUACAACUGCACUUGCGUGCCUGGCUUUGUAGGAAAGAAUUGCUCAAAUAGUAAGUCUUUUAAAAUCAAGUUUUUACCAGGAUUGAGAUUUUCAGAUUAAUACUGAACAGUGAAUGGUAAUGGUAUUACAAGUACAUCGGCGCACGACCUGGCUAGUUCCUUUUGAAAAAGUCGUUUUACUUAAGAUACAGUUCCAAGUUUCCUUACCCUUUUUAAAACUUAUAAAAAGAGCAUCCCUCUAUACAAGGAAAAAGGCAAAAUAAUUCAUGAUAUGCCAUGGCCAUUCUUAAUUUGGGCAAGAUUAGUCUCUAAAGAAUUUCUCGUGUGGAGUGCUUUGUGGAAUAAAACUGAAUGCCUUUAAUUGAUGCGAACUAAUGAAUUUUGUAUAAUUAUGUGUUCCUUGUAGAUAUGGAUAUUUUAUUGCCGUCAAUCCUUACCAUGUUCUUUUUUUUUUCAGACACUGUUGACUGUUAUCCAAACCCGUGUCUAAACAAUGGAACAUGUACAGACGGAGUGAAUGACUACAACUGCACUUGUGUGCCUGGCUUUGUAGGAAAGAAUUGCUCAAAUAGUAAGUGUUUAAAAAUCAAGUCUUUACCAGGAUUGAGAUUUUCGGAUUAACACUGCACAGUGACUGGUAAUCGUAUUCCAAGUACAUCGGCGCACGACUUCGGUCGCUCUUUUAAAAAAGUCAUUUUGAAUAAGUUACAACUCAAGUUUCCUUACCUCUUUUAAAUUUUAAUAGGAAAUUUCGUAUACAAGGAAAAAGGCAAGUUAAUUUAUAUUGAUGCCAUGGCCAUUUUAAAUUUGGGCAAGAUUAGUUUCUAAAGAAUUUCCCGUGUGGAGUUGCCCAUGUGGAAUAAAACAGAGUGCUUUCAAUUGAUGAGAGAAGUGAAUCUUGUAUAAUUAUGUGUUCCUUGUAGAUAUGGAUAUUUUAUUGUCGUCAAUCCUUACCAUGUUGUUUUUUUUUUUUUUCAGACACUGAUGACUGUUAUCCAAACCCGUGUCUAAACAAUGGAACAUGUACAGACGGAGUGAAUGACUACAACUGCACUUGCGUGCCUGGCUUUGAAGGAAAGAAUUGCUCAAAUAGUAAGUCUUUAAUAAUCAAGUCUUUAAAUAGAUUGAGAUUUUCGGAUUUGCACUGGACAGUGAAUGGUAAUCGUAUUCCAAGCACAUCGGCGGACGACCUCGCUUGCUCCUUUAGAAAAAGUUGUUUUGGAUAAGUUACAGAUCCAAGUUUCCUUACCUCUUUUAAAACUUAUUAAGAGCAUCCCUCUGUGAAACGAAAAAUUCAAACUAGUUCAUAUUUAUGCUAUGGCCAUUUUAAAUUUGACCAAGACCAGUUUUAAAAGAAUUUAAUAAUAAUAAUAAUAAUAAUAAUAAUAAUAAUAACGGUUAAAAAAUUAGUACAUCGAUGGUAUGGCUGUUCGCCUGAUAUAAGAAUAAAAUAAGGAAAUUAAAAAAAAAAUACUUAAAUCUGAAUUGUGAACUUUUAAGAGGCCCUGCGCCUAAGAAACGACCGAUGAUUUCCGGCUAAAAAAUAAAAUCGAGCGAUUUUUAUCUCCCAAGUAGAGGUUACCGAAUACUAUUCAAAAAUGAAUUUCUUUUGUUUCAGUUUCGCUUUAAACCAAAAAUAUCGAGCCGCAAACUUUUUCCGUCUGAUAGCAGCAAAAUCAGGCCUAAAAUAAGCCCUCGCAAAAAACGGUUCAGAAAUCACUAUCGCAACGCAAAAUAGCGAGGAAACCACACAGUGAUGAAGAAAAAGGCCUUUUAAUGCAAUAUCAUUCGAUAAACAUCGAAAAACUGCCGAAGGGAAUAAAAAAUAAAU